AUGAAGUUUCUCCAGCCACUUUUGGCGCUUCUUGCCAUUGCAUCGCCUAAUCUUACUUUGGCCGGGAUUUCUGAGGCAGAUAUCGAUGAGAUUUUGGGUCCCGCAUCUCCGAUAGCGGUUGAUACUGGGCGCUUUAUUGUCCAAUUCUCCUCUUCGGGAUCGGCCAGGUUCCGCAAGCGGGAUGGUGCUCUUGGAACAAGUGAUUUCUUUACGUUACUCAAAGCCCGCGAUAUAGACUUCAAGGAGGUCUUGAGUUUCACUUCAGAUCUUUUCCAUGGCGCAUCUUUUGACCUCAACCACACAACAAGUGAAGAAUUAAACGACAUCAAGUCUUUGCCGGAAGUCCAAAAUGUCUGGCCUGCGUCGGUGUUUACUGUGCCUACUCCCGAGGCCGCCAGUUUGACUACAGAGGCUACGCGAUGGAGUCCUCACAAUGACACCAACGUGAACCUCGCUCACCUUAAUGGGCACAGUGGUCAAGAUGUCGUCGUUGCUAUCGUUGAUACUGGUGUUGACUACACACAUCCUGCGCUGGGAGACGGCCUGGGAGAAGGCUUCAAAGUAGAAUAUGGAUACGAUUUCGUCGGCGACAGUUGGGAAAUCGGUGAUGAGUAUGCCCCUGAUGAUGAUCCUCAGGACUGCAACGGGCACGGAACACAUGUUGCAGGUAUCAUAGCUAGUGGCAGUGACAUUGUGCCUGGUGUAGCUCCUUCUGCCAAGCUACGAGCUUACAAAGUGUUUGGGUGUGGCGGAAGUACUUACGAAGAUGUUAUCAUCGCCGCUUUCCUGAAAGCGCACGAGGAUGGUGCAGAUAUUGUCAGCGCUUCGUUGGGAUCCGACCGCGGGUUCCCUGAUGCCCCGCUGGCCGUCGUUGCGUCAGCCAUCCAGGCAGCCAACACAUUUGUGUCGAUCGCGGCUGGCAACUCUGGUGCUCUAGGCAAGUUUGGAACAGAAGGAAUCUGCCCUUUUUACACGAGCAGUGGGGGCAACGGUUUUGGUGUAACGACGGUUGGAAGCGUUCAGCACGACGAGUUCGCCGGUUUCGUAACCGUGGCCCACUCGAGCUCAGGGGAAUCUCGAGAAAUUGUGAGGAUUUCUUGCGAGCAGGACGUGUAUCUCAACGAGGCUUUGCUUCAGUGGCAAGUCAACGGCACACUUCCUGCAGCAUUUUUUAAUGAUACCCGCAACGUUUCCCCAUGCGACUGGACCCAAUCAGGCACCGUGCCAUCAAACAGCGUUUUAGUUGAACCCAGGCGUGGUGAUUGCGGAUGGCAACUCCAUGAUAGCUACCUUAUUGGGAGAGCAAAUUAUGUCUUCUUUUACAAUUUUGAGGGCGCAGAUUGGGAGAUCCCCGCUCGAGCAUACUAUGACCCCGAUAGACAACCGAAAGGAUUUGGGCUGAUCACUUACGAAGACGGCGAUUGGAUCGUGAGCCAACACGAACAAGGACACAACGUGACCUUUGACUUUGUGAAUGACAAUGCACCUGUUGGUGUCGGUAUUGAAGGGUACGCCGUUGGGCGGAUCAAUGAUUUUACUUCAAGGGGACCGACUUUAGAUUCACGAUUAAAGCCGGAGAUCUCUGCACCAGGUACCUUCUGUCAUGUUCCCAUUAUUCUCUCAAUGUCACUCAUCUCACUGUAUUCCAGGCGGGUCCAUCUUUUCCACCUUUCCACUUGGGUCUGGAGGUUGGUCAACCUUAUCUGGCACAAGCAUGGCAACCCCAUACGUAGGUGCUUCUUCUCCAUGAUGGCAUGGGCCCUUUCAGCUAAUGAAUGCAAUAUAAAGAUAUCAGGAAUUGCCGCCCUGUUCUUUGGCUCUCAAGGCGGCCGUGCAGCGCUUGGGUCUGAAGGAGCUCUGGUCGCUCACAGGAGGAUUGUGGCCAGCGGGAAACCAAUCUAUCAUUAUGACGGCAGUGACAACCUCGCGUAUGGAAAGAAGAAUCUGAGAGAAAAUAGCUCGGUUACACAGCAAGGUUCCGGCCUGGUCGAUGCCAUCAAGGUCAUAGAAUAUGGCACCUCUAUCGAGCCUGUCAUUCUCAAUCUCAACGACACCGACCAUUUCUCGGCUUCUCACAGUAUCAAGAUAACCAAUUCUGGAGACGAGAGCGUGAAAUAUAAACUGAACCAUCGCCCGGGAAUCACUAUUCAUACAAAGCCGCAAGCUAAUGCCUGGGUUGGGUAUGAUCCUCCCUACUCGACUGCUGAAGGCAGUAUAGCUACCGUUGAAUUCUCAGAGUCGGAGCUCGAAGUCAGUCCCGGCGAAACUGCAUCUUUCUUUGUUAAAUUUACUGAACCCUCAGAUAUUGAUCCACUAAUGCUUCCAGUUUAUGGAGGUUCCAUUGAAGUGAUCGGCAGCCACGGCGAGGUCGUCCGUGUCACAUACAUGGGUAAGCGGUCCUUCCCGAACGUUGAAACAUUUUCUUACAUAUGGAAAGGCAUCAAGGGUUCCGUAUAUGCAAGCGAUACCUGGGAGUUAGAGCGUGGCGUCCCUCUUCUUCUCAGCGGAUACGGCGGAGUCAUCGAGGAAGGACAUAACUACACAUUCGAAGAGGGUGGCGACGUCCCUACGCCUUACUUUAAUAUGCUCUGGGCAACACGAGAAGUCAGUUUCGAUUUUGUCGCUAGAGAUUGGACUGAAGAGGAUUGGUCGUAUCCUGCAGUCCCCGGAGAAGCCAAGUAUUACGGCUCAUUCAAGACCACACCCCAAGGCCUUUCCGGCACUGUCUCGAGCUUUCCUAUUCGGAAUUAUCCGCGUAACAACGGCGCAGUAUAUGCUCCCCCGCAGAAUGUCUUCGCACAUGGAGGAGACAUUCCAGCGGGAGAAUACAAAAUCCUCUGCCGAGCCCUCCGGACUUUCGGCGAUCCUAACAACCUUAAAGAUUGGCAGAUAAAACUCUCGCCAUGGUUUCGUAUUACCCGUGAGAAGCCACCUCCAACGACUACUACGUCAGCCUCCUCGGCGAUUACGACACCCACCUCAGAGCCCUCAACCAUAGUUAGGCCCUGCAGCGCAACAGCCACCCCGAUCAGUUUGAAUGUCACUAUCGGAGAGUCCGAAGAUCAGCAUGGUCUAUAUCGCUAUAGUGACUUCUUGUCCAUCGAUCUUAGCGGGGGUAAAGAUCUUCUUCCAUUCGAACUGACCACUGAUGGUUACGUCCAAACGUGGGCGUCAACUGAUGUGUUAACGGACCUAUUUCUCAAUGUUCACUCUAGCAAUAACAGCUUGGUGUAUAUUUACAAAGCUUCUGGCACUACAGGUUCAUUUUCCAAACUGACAUGUGUGGAUGAGGAUGGUGUGAUGAAGUGUGGCGCCAAUUCGAGAAACAAGUUGUAUGUGUGCGAUUCAUCGAGUGGCUUGAUUCGCCAUGAUGCAGAAGUUAAAGAAGGGUGCGAUGAGAUUACGCUGCACGUGGAGCAAAGAGAUGACCCAAAUUGUCAAUAG